UAUAUUGGUGUAAACAAAACCAUGAAUCAACUGGCAGCAACACUUUCACGGUCCACUAAAGACAUCGGUGGAUUUGCGGUGAUGUUUGCAGUAUUUUUCUUUGCCUACGCUCAGUUUGGAUAUCUUGUCUUCGGCACUCAGAUUUCCGACUAUUCAACGUUUUACAACGCUGUAUUCGCUCUACUUCGAACUAUACUCGGCGAUUUCAACUAUAGCGCACUAGAAAGGACAAAUCGUAUCUUGGGACCAAUUUUCUUCAUUACUUAUGUGUUCUUCGUAUUCUUUGUUUUGCUGAACAUGUUCCUUGCAAUCAUCAACGAUUCGUACGUGGAAGUGAAGGCAGAACUUGCACGACAACAAGACGGAGAGGGAAUUUUUGAUUGGAUUAGAAAGAAACUCACGGGUAAAAAAGAAACUGAUAGAAAAGCGGUGACUUAUAAUGAAUACAAGAUCGAUUUGAUGAUGGCUGGAUAUCAAGAGAAAGACAUCAAUAAUGCAUUCGAGAAGCUAAACAUUCGCUUUACGGAUAAAGUUCAUGACGAUGCCCUGAUUGAGAUAGGAAAUGAAAUUCGUGAGCAGACAAAAAGAAAGAAAGUUAUCAAUGAAGAGUUAACUCGUCGAGUUGACAUGAUGGAUAACGCAAUUCUCAACGUCGUCGAUAAACUUUCACAAGUACUCGACCAACUAAAUCGCAUUGAAAAUGCAAGGGUGAAAGCAAAGGAGCACGAGAACAGACUGCGAGCUGAGGCUCUAAUGAUGGAAGCUUACCGUCGUGGUGAAAUUGGAGACGAAAGUGACAUUGAAAGGGAAGAGGAUCGCCGUGAGAAAUAG